AUGCCUUCCGAUAAAACAGAGAAAAAGCGCAAGCGCGCCUCGGACCGCCAUGAGCGUCCAAGCAAAAAGGCCGCUCUGGAGCUGCAGGCUCUCCCGCCGUUGGCAGCUAGCGUUGUCGAGGAUAAGAGCGAGCUGGCUCCAGUAAUUGCUACGACACCCGGUAUUCUGGACUCGAAAGUCCUCCGCUUCAAUCCAUACAUCAAAGCCCGCGAUGGCAAACGUCAGACUCAGACACUUGCUCGGAACCCAGGAAUUGUCGCCUCCGAGAUGCUGCUCCAGUCGUCUGAGCACGAGAAGAUGGAUUUUGUCGGUCGUGAGGGAGCUGGAGAUGAUACAGACUCACAGCUCAAGCACUACGUUGCCGUCGUGGACCCAGAGCGCAAGACAUGGCAGAUUGUGGAAGCCCGGCGAGUGACUCUUCGAGGUGGUGUUCGCACUCUUAAGAACGAUGAAGAUGAAGAAUCCGAGGAGGAGUCGAAUACUAUGCGCGCUCAACGCACCGCCCUGACGAACACAUUCGGUACCAAGCAGUCUCGCAAGGCUGUGCAGUCUAUGGCCGAGAACGCUCAGCUAUCCAACGCCCCCGCUGGAUCGGUCACCGAAGCCGGUGCUGCGCUUAUCUCGUCUUUGCCUGCGGAUGUUGCUUCCGGCAAGGCCAAGGCACUCAAUGUGCAAGCCGAGGUGCAAGCAGCCAAGCCUUUGCCCACGCCCAACCUUACCGCAGCCCACCCUCUGGACUUCUACCCUAUCGAGACUUUGGUUCCCGGUGGACAAUCUACUCUGCGCCAAUUGACCGGUAUCGAGGAAUGGAAGCAGCAAGUGGAAGCUGGUCUGGCCAUUACGACUGGAUCCCGAUAUGUGGCCAACCGUGUUGAGGCAGUUGUACUGUCCGGAAACCAGGAGAAAUUGCAGGUUCUCCGAUUUAUCCAACUGCUGCUGGAAUUUGCUCGUGCCCUCAAAUCGGGCCGUUCUGCUGCAGGCGCCGGUCGUGGCAGCAAGAAGCUGCCACCCCGCGACGAACUCCGCAAAAUUCUUUCCAGCACAUCUGGAGUCAAGACCGACGAGGAAGAUUCCUCUGUAGAGCUCCUCCCAGACUCUGUCCUUGAUGCCGUCCGUCGCCGCUUCGCCCCAGGCGGUGGCACCGUCAGCAAACACGACCUGACGCUCCUCCACACCUCUAUCUGUGCGCUCUCCCUGCACAUUCCCCCACAGCCAGCCAAGGACGGUGGAUCCAGCUCCAUGGGUGGUAACGGACCCAAUGAGCUGGCGACUGACCCUGCCGAUCUCCGUGACGAUCUCCGUCUCGACUCAAAUACCGUCCAGCAAUACUUCCGCGAACUGGGUUGCCGCAUCGAUCGGCCCCGCGAGACAGAAUAUGCUAAGUGGAACAUCAAGGGUGGCCGUGCUGAGGCUAAUGCUCGUCGCAUCGCUCGCCUGCGUAUUCCCGUGGAGUUCCCCAAGGUUAGCCGUGGAGGCAAGGCCUAA